UUAAAAGUUGGCGGCGCGCGGGGCGGGCUGUUCAGCUGCGGAGCCCCGAGAGCCGCGAGCCAGGUUCGCAGAGGCACCGCCACCCGGCGCAACGCACGGGGCCGAGGCCCGAGCCGCCCGCAGGCGCCGGGAUGCCGCGCGCAGCGAGCUGCCGCCCCGCGCCGCGCCCGCUGCUUCUCCUGCUGCUGGCCUGCUGCGCGGGCGCCUGCCGAGGUGCUCCAGUAUUACCUCAAGGAUUAUGGCCUGAACAAGAACUGCAGUUGUGGAGUGAGAUAGUUAAUGCUUGUUCAUCUUUCCUGUCCAUGGAUUCUCAGCCUCAGGCAUCUAACGCACUGGAGGAGCUGUGCAUCGCAAUUACAGGGACUCUACCAAAGCCCCAGGAAACAGAUGAAAAAGAUAAUGCCAAAAGGUUCUUAUUUCAUUAUUCAAAGACACAGAAGUUGGGCAAUUCAAAUGUUGUGUCGUCUGUUGUGCAUCCGUUGCUGCAGCUCGUUCCUCAACUGCAUGAGAGAAGAAUGAAGAGAUUCAAAGUGGACGGAGAAUUCCAAGGUCCUUUUGCAAGCCAAAGUCGAAGAUACUUUUUAUUCAGGCCACGAAAUGGAAGAAGGUCAGAAGGUUACAUUUAAACUGGAUACCAACAAUUUUCCACAGAAACAAUGCCAUGGAAAUAUGAAAUAUACUGACAUUUUGUUUUCUUCUAAAAAAAAAUCCUUGCGAAGUUUACCAUGUUUGGGAAUCCUUAUGUUGUAAACAUCCUCAAUAAAAGUUGGUUGAGGUUGAAAAUGUUUAAUAUGUUGAAAAUAAAAAAGCAUCUUAAAAUA